GUACAGUCUGAAACCAACUCUCCACCUAAUCUAAUUGGUAGAAAAGCUGGAGUCUGGCAGACACUGGUGAUGCACAUUAUAGCCACGACGACGACCGCAUCUUCACAUCCAAGCAGAAAGAUACAUGGCCACAAACAAGCCAUCUCAUCCACAAAUUUGUGACUGUCUCCCGAAAAUAUGACAUCUAUCCCGCAAUUUCAUUUCUCGUGGUAACACCUCCCGUCUCGGAACUAUAUAACUCCAUGUCUUGAGAAUUUCUUGGAGGAUCUCUUAUCGAGUUUGAUUAGUGGAUUGGGUUUCGGCCAAGAUGCGUGGAAGGAGCGAUCACCUGAGUUUCACCCGCAAGGGAGAAAGGAAGACUUCAUCUUCAUUUUUUUUUGUACCAGGUAGUGAUGACGGGCUUGGAAUCUGUGUGUAUCUGCUGAUGUUCUUUUCCUAUCUUCUUGUUUUAUUCACAAUUCCAGUGUCGCUGUUCUUCUGUUUGAAGGUUGUGGCCGAGUAUGAGCGAGCCGUCAUAUUCCGCAUGGGUCGUCUGUUGCCGGGUGGUGCUAAGGGACCCGGUAUAUUCUUCAUCCUUCCCUGUAUUGAUAACUACGUCAAAGUGGACCUGAGAACAAUAUCAUUUGAUGUUCCCCCACAAGAGAUUCUGUCCAAAGACAGUGUAACGGUCGCUGUGGAUGCGGUGGUCUACUACAGAGUUCACAAUCCGACGAUCUCCAUCACCAACGUGGAAGACGCGCAACGAUCCACCCGGCUCCUGGCCGCGACAACGCUACGCAACGUCCUGGGGACAAAGACACUUGGAGAGAUGCUGAUCGAUCGUGACAUCAUCAGUAGUCAGAUGCAGUCGGUUCUGGACGAAGCGACAGAUCCUUGGGGAGUCAAGGUGGAGAGAGUGGAGAUUAAGGACGUACGCUUGCCGGUUCAGCUGCAGAGAGCUAUGGCAGCAGAGGCAGAGGCUGCUAGGGAGGCCAGAGCAAAGGUUGUGGCUGCGGAGGGUGAGCAGAAUGCAUCCCGGGCCCUCAAGGAAGCGGCCGACGUCUUGGCCGAAUCCCCGUCAGCCCUCCAACUCCGGUACCUCCAAACCCUGAACACCAUCUCCGCCGAGAAAAACUCCACCAUCAUCUUCCCUCUCCCAAUCGACCUCCUGACCGGAUUCCUGGGAGGCGGCCGUCGUAAGUCUGCAUCCUCCUCUCUGGGGUCACAACAGGGGUCGCGACCCGGGUCAAGACGGAAGAAGCGAGAGCUGGAAAUCGAUGAGGAUUUGGACGGCGAACCGACGACAGUUUAGAAAGUUUUUGAAAGACGAGACAAUUUCUUGAAGGUGGCUGGAUGCAACAGAUGACUUUUUUUCCCCUGUUACGGUGACUGAAGUGUUUCCUUAUGAAUGACUUUACUGUUACAGUAUCAUGGAUACCGCCAUCUUUGCAAAUAUUUUAGAACGAAAUAAACUUAAGACCCAGGCUUAAGGGAAGGGUUAAUUAGACACACCAGUUGCAUUUGUGAAGGGUCGUACGGAAACUCUGCUCAAUUAAAUAUCACAAGUUAUCCAACUUGUGGUGUAUAUAUACCGGUACAUGUAGGCUCCGUGCACAAGAACCCCCUCAACGGUUACAAAGGGAGAGUUGGGGGAGACCACUGGAAGGAACAUUCGAACGCAUCUCCGAUGAUGCCUGACGCUCACGCAAAGGCAUCACUGGUUUUGUGCACAUGCAGAAUAAACAUGCCGUCAGUGUGUCCCUCCCACUGGGGCUCUCGAAAGUGGUCACAAAGCGCCCUCUACAGUUUGUGCACGGUGUCUAUUGUCUAAAAACCAUGUUGCGCUAGUAUCAGUGUGGUGCUUAUAUAGCGCCUUAUACCUAAGGUUUCAAAGCACUUUACAAUUAUUAUCCAUGUUCAUCAGGAAAGAGACCGUUUUUCUGCAGCAACUCGAGAUCGGCUCAAUUUGGUCUUUAUACCUUCACAGGUACCCAUUUAUACUCCUGGGUGGAGGGAGGCAAUUGUGGUAAAGUGUCUUGCCCAAGAACAUAAGCACCAUUCCCCCGACAGAGUUCGAACCCAGGUACCACGGCACAUGAAUCAAACACCAUAACCAUUGGUCCACACACUCCACAUACCAGUUAGUGUGUGGAAAGACCGUUCACGUACAUUGGUGUAUAUUCUAUUAGCAGUCUGAACUUUUCACUUUAAUAAAUUUAUAGAAUCAUUCAAUUAUUAUCUAAAUGGGUUGGUGUAGGUCUGAAUUUACCGAUUGUUACUGCAUUUCAGAAAACCGUAUUAUCUUGCAAAGAUGGUUACACGAAUAUGGGUCAUUCUAUAAAUUUAGGGUCCAAAGUGUGACCUUUUUCCUGUCCCUGUUACCUUAGUACUCUGUAAUUUGCCAGUCGAGUAUCAUUAAGAAUGACUUCAAACAAUUGUUUAUUUGUUGAUUAGGUAGUUUGCUAUUUAAAAUCACUCUUAAAGGACAAGUGCAUAAAGGGUGCAUCAGAAUAAUAAAAACAUAGAUGUCAGAUGUAACAGGGACAGAAAAAUAAGUGUUCCCCAAAUGUGUUAAAUGACCCAUAUCCAUGAAUGACGUAAAUUAUGUGCCGACAGAUUGACGUUUCUUAAUAUUGCUGUUUCAUGGAACAGUAUGAAAUUGCCUGUGAACGGAGUCCAAUUUUCAGUAAUGGUACGCUUUGUUGGGGGAUUGUAGUUAAAGGGACUGUUACUUACAAUUCGGAUCAUGAAUAUUCAUUAGUAUUCAAUUUAAGAUUCAGGAGUUUCUAUGUCAUUGGCCUUAAAAAAAGUCAUUGUUUGGUUCUAAACUUGCGAUAAUUACUAGAAGUCGCAAUUUAUCAUGAACUGAUAACUUGUUAACUUUUCAGCUGAACUUAAGAAUCACUGUAAAAACAAAAAGUCAAAUUGGUGCAUUUGUGAUUGUUAUUUAAUUGAAUUCAAUUCCUUUAAAUAAUUAAUGCUUUAAGUAGCAAGUUCUUAAAUGAUGAAUGUAAAUAAGGUCCUAGAGUACCAAGUAUUUCAUUUGCUGAACAUGAGAUUCAAAGUUUUAGAAAAGUAAACCACGAAGUAUUCAGAAUAUAGACCGGUAAUUCUUAGCUUUUAAAGCUAUUUCAGAAGUUUGUUUUUGUUUCUUAGGUGUUGACUAUAGUCAUGUCAGAGAAUAAUAAGUUUUUGUUGAUCUUACACGUAUUAUUUAUUGUUUUGUUUGCGUGGUGAAUAUACCAUAACAAGGCAAAAGUGCCAUUGAUCUGAAACCUAUAUUUAUCAAUGGAAGGGAUAAAUAUAUUUGAAAAUGAAGACUGCCAUUUUGGUAACAUUAGUUAUGUCUCCAUUUUGUCAACAUUUUAAAUGAUUUAAAAAAGAAUUGAAAAUAUGGAAUCAUGAAAUUAAAAAAAAAUUGCUGUUGGGCCAAAGUGAAAUUAUGAUGCCUAAAAAGUUCAAUAAUUACAUUUAGGUUUAGCAUAUUUAUAAUACUCUAAAAAAAAAAAAUUGUACGUUAUGACUCUUAUUAUUACUGGACGUGCAUAUUUUAUCGCAACAGUUACUGUUUUAUACAUUGUAUACAUUGUACAACUAUCCAGUCAGUGUGUAUAGCUCAUAGUCUUGCUAUAGUACUAUCCGAUAUAUCUGAAAUAUAGUUCUGAUAUAGUCUGUUUUUUUAUGCCGUUUUAUUAUUUUUUUAGGAUGGAUGUUACACGUUCAUUCACUACCAUUUGGGAGAUUUGUUAUUUGUUAAGACAUGAAAGGCUAAAUCAAAGUUUUGGAAAUUUACAUGUGAAAUAAAAUAUACAAAAAAGACAUACCCUCAAAUGCCAUGUUUGUGGCCCCUUUUCAGGAAAAGAAACAACAAAGAUCAUAUUUUGUGUAACUCUUUUUAUUAUUUCAAGUAAAGCUGUUUACAAUAUGUUUAACGUCUGAAUAUUCUGCUACCAAAAACUAAAUUCUAUGAGAAAAUGUUGUGAAAAAUACAGCCACAGAGAGGUACUCUUUUGAUAAAACAAUGUUUUGUCAAUGAAUGUCCAAAGUGACUGGAAAAAGAUCCGAAGAACUGACUUUGUUAUGUGUAAUCCUGCCAACGUAAAGUAUUUAAGUAUAUAACUAAUAAUAGGGAGCCUGUGUAAUAUAAUUAUGUGUAUAUACUUCCAUGUUUUAUGUAAGCAUGUUAAUAUAAGCAAUGUUAAUUCAUACAUAUCUUUUGAUCCACCUUAAAUGCAUGUUGGAAAGUAACACCAACGAUGAAAAACACAUUUUUAACCGACUUUUGUUUACAGAUUCUGCCAUAGUUAAAAUGAGUGUGAGUGCUUAAAGCAAUAUGAACUUGCAAAUGUAGGUUUUAAAUUAUUUUUUACUUUUUGCAGUUUUUUUUUGGUUUAAGAUAAAUUUUAGAUUUAUAUAGAUUUCACCCACCAUUACAAAACAAAAUGAUUAAUGGAAUGCGACAUGGUUCGACUCAAGUGAAGUUUCCGACUCGUGAAAUUACUCUACAUUUGGAAACUGCUUCAAAUAAGCCUCUCGGCUUUCUCCUUGUCGAAAGGUUUUCUGAAUUUCUUGUCCUCUUUAAUGGUUACAGAGAACUUGUUACUGCUAAAAUCAAUCUUUUAUUUGGUGAUUAGGUCAGGAAAUUCAUUUUCUACCUGAUUUCUACCAUACUCGUAAAACAGUGGAUGUUGCUUGGACACAAGAAUAUAUAGUAGCUUUAAAUAAAGCCAAUAUCUAUCAUAGUAUAAUAGUUAUUUUCUCUUAGUGCAAUAUUCGCUAUAGUAAGAGAGCUUUUUCUCUAUUUAUUACUUCUCUGUUUAUUUAUAUAAUUAUUUGUUUUACAUGCCCACAACCAGGAGUAAAUACAAGGUGGUAUAUGUCUUAUAGAAAUUUUGAAUAUUUAAAAAUUGUUAAUCUACUUCAAACUGACAAGCCUAUUUGUAAUGUUGUGUCAACUAUUAGUGUAAUACUCUUUUAUUUGUACUUUAAAUUGUUAAUGUUUAUUUAUUUAUAAUUGAACAUUUUUCUGAAAUAGGAAUAAUUAACUCCUCAAUAAAGAGGACAACAAAUAAAAAUACACUGAAAGAUAAAAUGUUGAUCUUUGCAACAGAAUGUUUUAAGGCAGUUUUGUUCAACGUAAAAACCCUCCAAUAAAAUGUACAUUGUGCUCUUGUGUUAACAUUUUUAAAGAAAAAUUACUUAAAUGCCUUGUUCUCAUGCCAGGAUACUGUUGAUUUCUGUGCAUUCAUUUCAAAAUUUACAAAUUGCUGGCCUGUUUACAAUUUACAAGAGUUACAUUGUAAAUAUGCUUUAUAUUGUAUUUGUGUGUAGGAAUUCAAAUCUUAAGUUGACAAAGUGGCUUCAGGUUACAACACGAGUGAAUAUGUUUUAGUUGAACAUGUUUGGUUAAUUUAUUAAAUACAUGUAUCAACCAAA